GAUCCAAGUGCAUGUACACGUAUGAUUAAUAAGUGAAUCUUUGUCACUAGAUUCACUGCAAUAUACAUGCAUACUAUCUCGUCCUCUCAUGCGCUGUAUUUAACUUGUUCCGCACCAGCAAUUACGUACACGCAUGCAUUUAUUUACAUCGUACAAGUACGAGUGAUGCAAGCUGCGCUGUACUGUGCUAAUGCCUCUCGCCAUUUUUUUGUUUCGCUCAAAAAGUAUUAGGUAUUAGAGUGUUAGAAGAGGUAUGUAUUGGACUAAGUUUGCUUUGUAUAUAAUGUUGUUAUUAUUGUUGUUGAAAAUGAACCAGCAUGGCUAACUCGAGAAAGUUUUUGCGGGCAGCCGAUGCUAUAAAAGAGUCUGAAGACUGCAACAGCCUUCACUGUGAGUAAAACUCGAGAAAGAAGCUUUAGUUUGCAAAUCAACAAAUCAAGAGAACGUGGCUAGAAGUUCGUCGCAUUGCAACCGUUGAGCAGUUGCAUCUAGAACAGACAUAGUCAGCGUAUCCCUCAUGCGGCUACGCCUUGAGGCAUAAUAAUUAUCGAGGUUUGUUAAUAGCUGAUAAUGGUGAUAGAAUGCGUCUCAAAGUUAAACUAAUAAAUUAAAGUGACAGGCUCUGGGAAAACAGACCAAUUGGCGCAAGCUAUAAUUUUUGCGAUCUAUAUACCAGAUGAUAGAGCAAAGAAUUGCCUACACAUUGAUAUGCUUAGUUUGCACAUACCUCGUUCCAUGCCUGAGUUAUGCGCGUUGGAAACUCGGAAGUUGUAAAACAGCAGUAUUGAGAAACGCCCACUCAAAGAUUGCUAAAUUAGGAAAAGUAAGGUAAUGGUGGCUGCUUAGACAAAGCGCUUUGGUGGAAAGAGUUGGAUUCAGAGCAUCAGAUUUUACAAAGAGGUAGUAGAAAGACUGUAGAUAACUAUAAGCCAAGAAAAAAUAUAUAUGAGAUUAUACACUGUAGUCUAUAAACUGGCUAUUGCUCAAUACCAAUACCCACUCCAAUUGGUCUGUUUUCUCAGAGCCUGUCACCUAUAGGCUUCUGUUAUUUAUGUCAUCCUGAAGGUCUCACAGUGACAAUUGAUUCUUCACAUGUAGUAAAGUAUGCAUGUAGUUAACACGUACAUGUUAUUCAUCCACCAAUCACCACAUCCACCCAUUAAUUUUGAAAGGUCUAUAGAAGUAGAAUUCUCACUUCAGUAAAAUCUGAACUGAAAAAAAAACAAGAAUGAAAUAUAUCAUUGUUGCUCUAACUCUUCUGGUCGCCAUGGUUCUCUUAAUUGAGGGCAAACCUCAAACAAUGAAAUUGGAGGAAGGUGAAUCUGCUUUUACACGAAGCAAGCGAUCAGAUAAUGACAAAAAGAGUGCAGCUGAGAGCACCGAACCAGGAAAAUCUUCACCAUCAGAGAGUACGGCUGACAACAGUGUUUUGGGGAGUAACUCGUCUUCGCUAUCAGCAAACGAAGAAAAUACAGCUGACAACACUACUUCAGAGAGUGACAAGUCUUCGCUAUCAGCGAACGAAGAUAGUAGAGCUGACAACACUGUUUCGGGGAGUAACUCGUCUUCGCUAUCAGCAAACGAAGAAAAUACAGCUGACAACACUGCUUCAGAGAGUGACAAGUCUUCGCUAUCAGCGAACGAAGAUAGUAGAGCUGACAACACUGCUUCAGAGAGUGACUCGUCUUCGCUAUCAGUAAACGAAGAAAAUACAGCUGACAACACUAUUUCGGGGAGUAACUCAUCUUUGCUAUCAGCGAACGAAGAGAAUACAGCUGACAGCACUAUUUCAGAGAGUGACAAGUCUUCGCUAUCAGCGAACGAAGAUAGAGCUGACAACACUGCUUCAGAGAGUGAGAAGUCUUCGCUAUCAGCGAGUGAAGAGAGUACAGCUGACAACACUGCUUCGGGGAGUUACUCGUCAUCACUAUCAGCGAGUGAAGAGAGUACAGCUGACAACACUGCUUCAGAGAGUGACAAAUCUUCGCUAUCAGUGAACGAAGAGAGUACAGCUGACAACACUGCUUCAGAGAGUGACAAAUCUUCGCUAUCAGCGAGUGAAGAGAGUACAGCUGACAACACUGCUUCGGGGAGUUACUCGUCAUCACUAUCAGCGAACGAAGAGAAUACAGCUGACAACACUGCUCCGGAGAGUGACAAGCCUUCGCUAUCAGCAAACGAAGAGAAUACAGCUGACAACACUGCUUCAGAGAGUGACAAGUCUUCGCUAUCAGCGAACGAAGAGAGUACAGCUGACAACACUGCUUCGGAGAGUGACAAGUCUUUGCUAUCAGCAAACGAAGAGAAUACAGCUGACAAUACUGCUUCGGGGAGUGCCUCGUCAUCACAAACAGCGAGCGAAGAGAGUACAGCUGACAGCACUGAUUCAAUGGAUGAAUCUUGACAAUCUGAAGUUUUAAAGCUUCUCUUUAACUAAGACGGUAGUGAACAAUGUAUAUAUAUAUACAUGCACUUUUAUCACUAUUUAUAGUGAAGAAACAGUUAUCUAAAAUCAAAUGUGCUUGCUUUAGCUAUACAUGUAGUGUUCUCAUUUUGACUGAGUAGCUUGAUGUUUUUAGCGAGUUGUACAGAGAUAGCAAAAUAGCUCCUUCAUCAUACAGCAUGCAUAUACUGUAUUAUGAAUGAGUCACUGAAGCAAUAGGAGGGGAGAGGGUUGCUAUGCACCUGUUAGAUCUCGCUUGUGCUGAAGUGAUUUAGUAUUUAGCCACAUUCGAACAAUAUCAUAGCUAUAUACAAUCGUAUGAUGUCCCAUUAAUAAUACAUGGUCGUGGUUUUCGCGGAUUAAGCAUGUACCGCGAACAUCUAUAACCUAUUAAGCCUAGUUUUGCUUACUUGGAAUGCCAUUGCAGCCUUUUCGGA